UGCCCUGUGACGCACCGACGCACGCAAAAAGACCGCCGAAACGGCGCUCUCGCCCUCCCCUCCUUCCCCGCACACAAACCCACCAUUUCCCACCUUUGGGCGUGCCAGGCAGGCAGGCACCACACGCAGCCGGCGAAGACCAAUUCGUUCUCUCAUUUCAUUUCAUUCACCACCACACAUGAGUGAGGGAAAAAAGAGCGUGAGGAAAGACAUGGAUGGGGUCAUCUCUCCGGAGGGAGAGAGAGAGAGAGAGAGAGGAUGACCAUGGCACGGCAGUCAGGCAGCCACAGACGAGGCACGGCGAGCAAUGCGGGCCGGGCUCUACCUGUCUGGGCGGCUCAAGGCAGCGGUAAGCUAGUAUACAUGAGCCAGGCCCCAGACGCACACUCAAUGACCCGCCCAUCCGCCCACCGGCCCACCUCGCCAAUUAAUUGAAGUACUGGACUGACAAACAGCAGCGAAGAAAGUGAGUGGCUGACUCACUCACAACAAUACGCACCCACCCUCCCUCCCCCCCAUCUGUCCAUCCACCCACCCAUGCCACGUCCAGGUCUCUCUGAGGCGGACGGGCGGCAAACGCCACACAACACAGCCGACAAUACCCUCCCCCACCCCUCCCUCCCCGAUAUUGCUCAUCGUUCCACAAGCCAUCUGCCCUUCGUCAGCACGCCCACAGAGAGAGAUGUAGAGCACGAUUGCAGCACGGCCCAGCAGCCACACCCGUAGCAAGAUGCAGCCGGGACCGUGAGUGCAUCGCAGCUCAGGUCUUUAUGUGGACGGCUGUUAGCGACUGAAUUCCUCCGACUCAAUUAGAUAUAUAGAGUGGGUUGGUCUCUCCUCCUUGUUGAUGGUGAUGCUGACGUUGCUGUUGGGUGGCUGGCGGCUGGUGCUGGUGUGGGUGUUGGUGUAGGGUGGAAUGGCUGGUCCAUCGACGGGUAGUAAGCUCCACGUGUGUCGUUGAGGGGGAUCAUCCACCUGUUGCAACACACACACACACACACACACAGAUACAAGGGGACGGUGGGUACCGCUGUGUGGGUGAGGGCGUGUGUGUCGCUUACACAUGGUCCAUGUUGCCGAUGAAGAGGUAGUUGUUGUUCCAGCCACCGAAAGACAAAUUCGACACUUGAGCUGCCGUUCACACAAACCAAUCACACAAACAGCACAUGUGUGUGCAGAUAGCAGAUUGCGCGUCUCAGUGAGCUGCCGUUGCUCACUUCCAGUGUAGAAUUUGCCGAGCAGCCGUCCGUCCGGUGCGAAGACCUGCACGCCAUCGCCCGCCCCAACGUACAGCCGUCCCAUGGUGUCGACCUUGAUGCCGUCUGGGAUGCCCCACUUGUUGUCAGGCGAUUCCACUACACACACACACACGGCAGACAGGCACGUGUGUGAAGGUUUCUGCCCUGGCUGCGAGUCUCUUGUGUGCGUACCGACAACGAGGACAUCCCCGCCGAUGAGCGUCCUGUUGUUGACGACGUCGAACACACGAAUGUGGUGCGGCCGCUUUGGAUCGAUGGUCACGGGCGAGCAGUGAAUCGCACCUGGAGGGAGACCACACAGACAGACGGGCACAGACAGUGGCAUUGGAGAAAGAGCCAGCCAUGUGGCAGUACGCCAACGUACCCGAGUCGACAAUGUACAUCUUGGUGUAGUCCGGUGAGAAGGCCAGGCCGUUCGGGCGGUCGAAGUCGUCGGCCACCACGUGCAUCUCGCCUGUCCUCGGGUCAAACCGGUACCUGAUCCCAUAAACACAUAUAGCGACCACCAGUCAGUCCAUCUGUUGUUGGAAUGUGCACGUGAGUGAGCCCUUACACGAAGUUCGGCAGCGCGGGGCAGUUUGCCUGUGGGAACUGCGCACACCCGUACUCAGGAUCGGUGAACCUGACACACGCACACCCAGAGAGAGCGAACCGAUAAGUAUUGGAACGGCGGCAGCGCAGGUCAAUGUGCCGUUGUCACCAUAUGGAUCCGUCUGGAUGCGCCACCAGGUCAUUUGGCGAGUUGAGGGGGAAUCCUCGGUAGGAAUCGACCAGCGUCUGCACAUUCGUCGGGUCGUGCAGGGGCGCGUACGCUAUCCUGCGACCUGCACACACACACCCCGCCCACACAAAGCGCGAAAGGCCGCAUCAACCACAUCAUCACACCCGCCCUCUCCACUCUCUGCCUCUCUUACCCGUUGUUUCAGCGGUGAGGAGGUAGGAUCCCACAAUGAGCUGCCCGUUGGCGUGUGACGAGGGCGACCUGAAGACGGAGAAGGUCUCGUCUGACCAGGGGGUGGGGAAGCUGAUGAUCGAGUCCAGCUGCCGCUGCGUGGGGCAGUUGCCGUCCGUCAGCAGCAGCCGGUCAAAAUAGGGGUCGAAAACCAGACCCUCCGAACGCAUGUCCUCCUCAAAGCCAACAUGCCUGACACACACACAGGGACAGUCACAGUCACAUCAUCGAUGGCGAUGGUGUGCUUUCCUGCGCGUCUGGGUGGCUCUUUCCCCUUAAGCAGUGUAUCUGUCUGGCUGUCCCCUUCCCUGUGAUGCCCGUUGUGGCUCACCUCAUGCACUCCUCGCCCACGAUUUCCGAGAACUCGGGAUCUAUGGCGAUCAUCUUGCACAAACUACCGAACAAGGCGCUCUCACCGGCUGCCCACGCUGCCCUCAGCGCAACAGCGACCACCACAUAGGGCAGCCAACGCCACACACAUCUCUCCAUCACUCACAGCGCUAAUCUGAAAAGCUGACGCGUCAGACGUGCUUGGGGAAGCACAAAUUCGAUACUGUUCGAACGAUAUGGUGUCCGAUGAGGACGAUGCCGAGCCAACGAGACUCCGAAAGCGUUUCUCUCAAGGUAGAAUCCAAGCUC